AUGGCCUUUAUGUUUGGAGCAGAAUUCAGGCGUUUCUCUUUGGACCGGUCCAAGCCGGGACGCUUUGAUGAGUUUUAUGGCUUGCUGCAGCAUGUGCACCGGAUCCCCAACGUCGAUCUGCUUGUGGGUUACGCCGAUGUCCACGGGGACCUACUGCCAAUCAACAACGAUGACAACUACCAUAAAGCAAUCUCCAUGGCAGCGCCCCUGCUCCGUCUCUUCUUGCAGCGGAAAGAGGAGGCAGAUUACUCUGCAUUCGGCACGGACACUGUGACCCGUAAGAAGACCCCGGCGGCGCUCGCAGCGGUCCUCCUUCGACCGGAAGCCAACAAGAAGAAGCCUCCUAUCAUCAUCAGCCUGCCCAAAGAUUUCCGGCCAGUGUCCUCGAUCAUCGACGUGGACAUCCUCCCAGAGACGCACCGCCGCGUCCGCCUCUACAAACACGGUCAAGAGAAACCACUGGGCUUCUACAUCCGCGAUGGUUCCAGCGUGCGCGUUACACCCCAAGGCCUGGAAAAGGUCCCGGGCAUCUUCAUCUCCCGCAUGGUCCCCGGAGGCCUGGCGGAGAGCACGGGACUGCUGGCCGUCAACGACGAGGUGCUCGAAGUCAAUGGCAUCGAGGUGAGCAGAAAGUCUUUGGACCAAGUUACGGACAUGAUGAUCGCUAACAGCCACAACCUCAUUAUAACCGUCAAACCGGCUAAUCAGCGCAAUAACGUGGUACGCAGCAGCGGAGGCGGCAGCUCAGGACGAUCUUCUGACAGCAGCACCAGUUUUUAUGGAUACUCGACACCGGGUUCGAUGGCGAUGACCCCGUCCCAUAUUAUCCAGAACUAUGAACCGGACGAGGAGAGCGAGGAGGAGGAGGAUCUGGUGAUCGAGGCAGACGGAGGGGCUAAACUUAUUCCGCAGGCAGGGGCGCGGGCGACAUCCAGCACCAGCAUGCCCGCCUUGCCCAGAUACGAGCCCCACCUCGACCUCCGCCCCUCAAAUGGUACCAAGGCAAGCAGCGCGAGCGCGGGGUCUCUGAAUACCCGUGACAGGGUAUUAGAAGGGCGAAAUAUAGAGGAGGAGGGCACAGUCAUUACACUGUAAAGACACGCACAACAUAUAAUCACACACACAUGCCAAUACAUACUCUUGUGUGCCAUAGGACUGAAAAUGCAUGUCCAGGACCAAAAGAGAAGGCCAGUCCACCACAGCACCUUACAGCACUUCUCUAUAACAAUAGGACCAGGUAGUUCUCAUCAUCAAACCCGUGGAGAGCAGCACAGCACCAAAAAUAGCUGCUUCUUGAGUAAUAAUGAACUUCCUGAGUCAGUGUGAUUGAAUGAAUGCAGACGGCACCGUAUGAGUCAUGACAAUCCUUUUUUACUUUGACAACCACUCCUUUCAGAGCCAUGAGGCUCUAGUGUUAUCAGAGAACAAAGUACAAUGGGUUUUACCCAUCCUCUGCGUUACCAUGGUAACUGAGUAUGUCUGAGCUGCAGAACUUCAGAAGGAACUGAAAUAAGCUCUUCAUCCAUUCCCGUCUGCAACACUAACACUCUCAGCUUACCGAUUCUUUGUGGUAUUCAAGGGAAUCGUGAACCUUUGUCGGGCUUGAGUGAAUGUUUAGGAGAUAUUUUCAUGUGAAUGGACAGUUGUAGACUGCUGCCUCGGUUAAGAUACAGAUGUCUUUUAUUAUCUCAGAAGUUUUUAAUCAUAGCCAAAAAGACAAAUGAUUAAUAUCACAUUUUUCAUACUGAUAUGUUUUAUUGGUAUCACUUAUAUUUCUUUAUGACAAGGGCUAUCAUCCUGCUCUUUGCUACCUGUGAUUUAUUUUACCCAUUGAUCUUUACUUGAUAACCCUGUCUGGGGUUUUGGAAUACAUAAUUAUCAAUAAUGUUUCAAGGGAGCCCUCUGAUGUGGACACAUGGUUGUUUCAUUUAUGAAGAGCGUCUCUACCGUGACACUUUUCACUAUGGCUCAGCUUGUUAACAUUAGAUAGAUCAGCCAAAAAUGAAAAUUCUGUCAUCAUUUACUCAGAUCUUGUGUCAUUUUAUAACUGUCUUUCUUCUGUGGAGCAUAAAAGCAGAUAUUUCCAUACAUGGAGAGUUCCGGUUGGGAACAUGGUGGUGAGUAAAUGAUGACAGAAUUUAUAUUUUUUUUGGGUGAACUAUACAGUACAUUUAAUGCAUUAGGUAUCUUAACUAACUAUUAAUAAUAUUUUUACAUGAUCUGUGUUAAAGUUCAUUUCUGCAUACACUAAUAUUUACUUUUUAACAUUUAAGUUAAAGUU